UUGAUCGAUCACCAACACCCUAAAAACAAACCCAUUUCUCUCUUCUAUCUGAAUUAUUAUCAUUCUCUUUGAAAAAACAAAAAUACAAUGGCCUGCAGUAAUUAUUCUCUAAUCCCAAGAUUUAUCCUUGUUAUCCUUUUCAUAAUCUUUUGCACGUCCACUCCAGGGAAAUCAGAACUAUGUCCAUUGCCACCUGAACUUGCUUCUAAGCUUCAAUUCGAUACUGCCGCCAUAGAAUCAGCAUCCACCGAUUACGGUAACAUCGUCCAUAACAAACCAGCAGCUGUUUUUUACCCUUCAUCCGUACAAGAUAUCUCCAGUCUAAUCAAUGCCUCCUUCACUUGUUCAACACCUUUUGGAAUAUCCACUAGGGGCAAUGGCCAUAGUACCUAUGGACAGGACAUGGCUAACAAUGGAGUGGUGGUGGACAUGAAGGGUUUAAGGGAACAGAAGAAAGGGGAUGGGGUUGUAAUUAUCUCUAAAAAUCCUUUGAUUGCUGAUGUUGGAGGUGAGCAGCUAUGGAUUGAUGUGCUAAAUGCAACAACGAAAGAAGGCGUUGCACCUGUUUCAUGGACUGACUAUUUGGAACUAAGCGUUGGUGGGACUCUUUCUAAUGCUGGAAUCAGUGGGCAAACGUUUCGUUUUGGUCCUCAGAUUAGCAACGUUUAUGAACUGGAUGUUGUUACUGGAAAAGGAGAGCUCGUGACCUGCAACCCAAAUAACAAUUCUGAUCUGUUCUAUGGAGUUUUGGGCGGCCUAGGCCAGUUUGGGAUUAUAACCAGAGCAAGCAUUGUCUUAGCCCCUGCUCCCAAAAGGGUUCUGUGGUCACAAACACUUUUCAGCAAUUUCUCAGAUUUUACCACAGCCCAAGAAAAUUUUAUUGCAAACAAUACAUUGAAACCAGGCGAUAAUAAUAAUGGAAUGAUAUAUUUGGAAGGUGGACUUAUAUUGGACAAUGGCACUCCUAAUACUUGGAGAACCUUCUUUUUCCCACCGGCAGAUCUCCCCAAAAUUUCAUCCCUAGUAAAACAACAUGGCAUCAUCUACAGCCUAGAAAUAGCCCGCAGCUAUGAGGAUGUCACCAAGAAAACUGUGGAGAAGGAAAUGAAACAGUCUAUCAAAGGCCUUAGCUCAAUGCCUGAAUAUAGUUACCAAAAAGAUGUCUCCUAUGUAGAAUUCUUAACAAGAGUCCAAAUCACAGUGCUGCAGAAUGAAAGCCAUCCAUGGCUAAAUCUCUUAAUACCAAAAUCAAGGAUUUCAGACUUCGAUUCAGGUGUUUUCAGGGACAUUGUUCUUAAACGAAACAUUACCACCGGACCUGUCCUUUUCUACCCCAUGUUCCGAAACACAUGGAAUAACAAGACGUCCGCAGCCAUACCAGAUGAAGAUAUUUUCUACACUGCAGGACUUCUAUAUACAAGUGGGAUUAACGAUUGGCAGGUUUAUGAGGAUCAAAACAAAGCAAUAUUAGAGUUCUGUGAUAAAGCUGGUAUCAACGUUAAGCAGUAUCUUGCCAAUCAUACAACAAAAGAAGAGUGGAUUCAGCAUUUUGGCUCGAAAUGGGCAGAAUUUGAGCAGAGGAAAGCUUUGUUUGAUCCGAAAAUGAUAUUGUCACCUGGACAGAGAAUUUUCAACAAUAACUAAUUAGCUUUUAUAUGUAAAUCUCUCUCUUUUUCAUAAUUACUCAUGUACAAAUAAAUGCUGUUUUCUUUUCUGUUUUACUUCAUCCUUUUUGAGGCCAAAGAUUGGAAAUGAAAGUAAAUCUGCAAGCAAGCAAUUUUUACAAAAUA